AGACGAAAAGGUGCUUGCGUUACGAGUGGAGGCAUUUUUAUUGACCUCUCUGUGUUGUUGCGUUUAUUCCUUCGGGUUUUUGUACUGAAAUACAAUAAAGAAAGAAAUAAAUACAAAAAAAAUAAAUAAAAAUAAAAUUAUAUGAAGAGGCAUUUUAAAGUAAAGAAGCAAAGAAAUGUGUAAUAAAAGGGCAAAAGAUGAACAAUAAUAGUGAGAUUUGAUUUUUAUCGGAAGGCCCCAUAAAGGAAAAAUAUUAUUAUGAAGUGAUAUAAACAAAGUGAGACAUGAACUACGUCCUGAUUAUCAAUUAAAAUAAUUGACAAAAAUAAUCUUUUUUUUUGCCGAUAGAUGCGGCCAAGUGAACAGAUAUAAACAAAAGUUUAGUGUCAAUUGAAUGAUUUUACAUGUGAACUUAUCAUUUCUUAAUUUUGGAUAUUUAAAAGAAUAUAAAUAUAUGGAUUCACGACUCUAAUUUUUGUUAUAUGUGGAAUAUUAAAAAUUAGCACACACAAAAAAAGAAAUAAUAAUAAUAAUAAUAAAAAAUAAUAAUCGUGUCAAUUUCAUGUGUGUACCAAAAAUUUCUAAAUGAGACGAAAUUGUUAAUAAUUUGUUGUUAAAAAACAAAAGAAUAUAAAGUGCGCGAGUAAAGGACCUUAGAAUUUUAUUAUUAUCAUUAAAACACAAAUUGAAGAAAUGUUGACGAUGGAAUCUGAUAUGAAAGGGGGAAUUCUACAUGCGACAAUGCCCCCACAUCAUCCAUCAUCAAUUCAUUCACAUUCAUCAGCUUAUGGAACUUUAGGACCUUUAAGCAUGAUGAACUUACAACAAUCACAAUUAGCUCAAUCACAGUUUUCACAUCAGGCUCAUAACAUGACAAAUAAUUCAUCGAAUUAUAGUCAACAAACUCAUAUCUCGCCGGCACAUCAGCAGAAUGCAGGCAUGAGCCCAAAUCAAACACAACCGCAAACAACUCAAUUAAGUAAUCAUCAUAUAACGUCAUCGGGUCCAACGGGAGGACAUGGUGGUGGAAAUGGUCAGAGUAAAGCUGCUCAAAUCAAUUCCGAUCGUGUAAAGAGACCAAUGAAUGCGUUUAUGGUAUGGAGUCGCGGACAGAGAAGGAAGAUGGCAUCUGAUAAUCCAAAGAUGCACAACAGUGAGAUUUCAAAGCGUCUCGGUGCACAAUGGAAGGAUUUAUCAGAAGCUGAAAAACGUCCAUUUAUUGAUGAGGCUAAACGACUUCGUGCCGUUCAUAUGAAGGAACAUCCAGAUUAUAAAUAUAGACCACGACGAAAAACAAAGACCUUAACGAAAACAAAGGAGAAAUAUCCACUUGGCGUUGGCUCAUUAAUACAGCAAUCAGAUCCAAAUAAUUCGAGCAGUCGAAAUUCCUCAUCAUUAUCCAAUGCUCAACAAUCAAACCGUGAUAUUUAUCAAAUUACAUCAAAUGGAUAUAUGCCAAAUGGUUACAUGAUGGAUCCUGCUACGGCUGCUUAUCAGACACAACAUAAUCCUUACAUGAGCAAUUAUCGUCAUUAUGAAAUGACAAAUCAAAUGCAACAGGGCGGAACCUACAUGAAUUCAUCAGGUUAUGGUAGUAUGUAUAGUGUCUCAGGUGGUCAAACGUCGCCAUAUGCAAGCUUACAGCAGCCAGGAUCACCAUAUAAUAGUAUUCAACAACAACCUGCAUCUCCAUAUAACAGUUUAAAUCAGGGUGGCGGCUCUCAAAUGUCCUGCCAAAGUCACAGUCCAAGCGAAUCAAGUAUUAAAUCCGAGCCGGUUUCACCAUCGCCAACAAGCAUCGCCACAAAUAACAAUAAUCACGUCAUGAAACGUGAAUACAUCCAACAGCCAGUUCACAAUCAUGAAAUCAGUCAUCUUAUGAACAUGUAUCAAAUUCCUGACUCAAUUCCGUCUUCAGCUGAACAUCAACGAUUGAUUCAUUAUCAGCACAGUGCAUCGCCAGAUCUACAAACGUCGCAGCAGCAACAACAAGCCUUGCGAAUGGCACCACUUGCACACAUGUGAGAUCAAUUUCAUAAUGGCUCAUUGCCAUUCACAACUCAGCAUUCCGUUGAAGCAUCAACAACCAUAUUGCCAUUCAAUCGACAUCUAAAGCAAACAUUUAAUGAUAGCACAUCCACAACCUCAGAUAUUUUACUAAUUAAUCGCGAGAAUGGUUGUGGCAGCAUGAUGGAUAUAUCAGCUAUUUAAUGAUAACUCUGAUAAAUCAUCAUUUAUUAUUCCAUUUUUUUUUAUUUCAUUUUAAAUUAAUUAAGUUUAGUCUGUCGAUCUUUUUCUAAAAAAGAAGUUGUUUCUUUCAAAUUUUACUUCCAAUUCUCUCAUCUCACAUCUUGAUUUUUUGAUAACAAAAUGAAUAAAUUAGUAAUGAAAAGCUACAAAAAAAAAUCGAUAAUAAUUAAAUAAUAUAACAAGUGAAUUUAAAGCAGCACAUAAAGAGGAGUAACAUAUAAUAAUAACAACAGAUAAGUGUGUGCAGGCAUGAACCAGAAAAAAAACGAGUGAAUCAAAAAAAAAAUAGAAAGUUUCGAAGAGAUAUUGGAAACAAAUGAAGCAGUAAUGAUGAAUGAAUACAAAAAAAAAACAAAAAUUACAACAAAGAUGAAAAAUUUGUUCUAAUUGCAUUAAAAACAAGAUGAAGAAACUGUGUGAUAUUUAAAAAAAAUUAAUAAUAACUUAAUGAAAGAAAUUAAUUUGUUAAAAAAAAAUAAUAAUUUAAAAAAAGGAAAGAGUUGAAAAAAUAAUUCCUGAAGAAUGCGACGAGUCGCCCGGUGAAAUUAAAUUUUAAAUAAAAAUUGUAUUUGAUAAGGAAUAAGAUGUUCAAUUUUAGUUCAUAGCUGUGGGGUUGGUCAUUUGUGAUGUUUUAGGUUUGGGGGAACUUUACUUGGUGACCUCUUGGUCAACUCAUGUUUGAAGUUCUCGUUUGGUUGGAGGGUUAAACCUUUUUUGGUAGGAAAGUGAACCCUUUGUCAUCUCAAGUUCGAGAUCUGAAUAGUAAGGCUACACCUCAACCAUCACCAGUGACCAACUCCAAUCUUUUUCAUAAUUUGAUUUUUCUCGAGUUUUAAAGGUAAAUGCUUGAUUAGUUUACAUUUUUUUCUCAUCAUAAUCCUAAAAAGACAUGAUAAAUCUCUUUUGUAAAUAUUAAUAAGAGAAGUAAUGAAGAGAAAAACAUGGAAAUGAGGCAGAAGCAUUCAAAGAGAAAAAAAAAAAAGAAGGUGGAGUUGUGAAAAAGACAAACACAAAAUAAAAAAAAUCACACACAAAUAGAUUAAUUUUAAGUGGUUGAUUAUGAGAAUCUUAAUAAUUUGUUUGAUAUUUCUUUCAACGCCUUCCAUUCCUUAAGACUCUAAAAAUAAUAAUUUUAUUUAACUGACGUCGGAAACUUUUUUCACAUACACAAUAAAUCACAUAUAUAGUCAUUAUUCAAUGGCAUAAUCGUUGCCUUAAUAAUAAAAAAAACCUUCAUCAUUAUUGUUGUUAUCGUCAACAAGGAACAACCGUAGAGAUUUCGCGACACAUAAAUGAGAUGAAAUUACGUGGAAAUUAAAUUUAUAUAAAUCACAUCUGUGCAUUAUAUAUAUUUCAUCCUCAUCUUCCUACCCCCCUACUUAAGUCUCAUCUACAAAAAAAAAAUUCAUUUGAUUAAGCUUCACAACGUAGUGACAGGAAAGGAAUAAAAAAUGAAAAUGGAACGCGACGAAAUGAGAAAUAUGAAAACAAAUUAUUAAAUUUCUUUAAGCUUUAUUAAGUUGUAAAACGACAACAUUUUUAGCCAGUGCGUUUAAUGUACAUAAAGAGAAAUGAACGAACAUGAAAUUCAUUUUCCAAUUUAUAAUUUUAUGAUACAUAAACAUAUUUUAAUUUAACUUGAUUCGUAAAAAAGAAGGAAAAUCGCACAUAACUACACAACACAUUCAGAACAAGCGACAUUAAUGAGUGAAAUGAGAAAUUAUUGUUUUUUAUUGUUCACAUAAGGCUUAAGUUUUUAAAUCAAUUUAAAUUUGGAUUUCAAGUUUGCUUGAGAUUUGAAACUUUAACUGUCAUUUAAGAUUUGAAUUAAGUCAACUUUAAUAAAACAAAUUCAACAGUUUUUGAAAUUUGAACUAUAAAGGGGUGUUAAAAUAUGAAGCAUCAAAGUUUUUUGAAUUUUGAAAACAGAAUUUUAACACCUUUUAAAGUUUAAAUUUUAAAAGGGUG